CACUGCGUCUCGUCUUGUGUGCGCUUUGUGUUUUGGUUUGGUUGUGGUGAGUUCCACUUCUCCUGCUCACACCAGCCAGCAUUCAGCCCCACACCCUCACUCAACACGUUUGCUUGCUUUCGUUUGUCCUCACGUCACUCGCUCAGAUGCGCGGGAUGAGCGCCGUGGUGGCUGUGGUGUGCGUGGCGGUGGUGAUGGUCGCAGUCGCGCCGUCGUUGCCCACAGUGCGCGGCUGUGACGUUGGCGCUUGCACGUUCUACAACUGCGUGGACGAGCAGACGCAGUGCGGCCCAAGCGGGUACGCCAUCGGCUACGGCUUGAAGUACUGCGACAAGUUCACGGCCGCACAGUCCAGCUUCAGUGACCAGGGCAAAGUCUGGGUGGCGGAGACGAAGCAGUGCCUUCAGCAGGAGCUGGAGGACUACGUCACCGCCAUGCAGCGGGAUCCCGGCGCGUCCUUCCCCUUUGACAAGGCGCAGUGCGACAGCAUGCGCAGGGCCGCCAUGAACUCGCAUGUCAAGUGCUACACGGGCGGCAGCGUGUCCGUGUGCUCGCUGCGUGUGUCGGACUGGGUUCGCAUUUUGAAGACCAUCCACGAGGCGUUUGGCGACGCCUUCCUCAACACGGUGAAGCAGAGCCUGUCCACGGCCAAGCAGUGCGCCGGCUCCCUGUUCGCCUCCUUUGGGUCGGGCCUGUUCCGGUUUGCUGUCAAUCCAGAUGACUCCCGCUCUCGCCGCGAUUGGUCGCCGGAAGACUACGCCGCACACCGGGCGGCACUGCGCCAGCACGUGAACCGCGUGCGCAUGCAGCUGUCGCAGCUGCUGCACGUGGCCGAGUCAAACAUCUUCGUGGACGUGUCCCAGGUUGGGGAGAUGGACGGGAACGGCAUGGACACGUACGUGGAUGGCCCAGAGGACGCGAUGCACAUGGACGAUCUUCCCACCACCAGGCGCACGUUUGAUAUUGUGGUCCACAUCCUCCACGAGGGCGGGCGGGCCCACAACCUCACGUCUGCGGUCGUGGAUGCGGUCGACCGCGGCACCGUUGAUCUUCGCGACCUGCUUCCAAGCGAGCACCGCGAGAGCGCUGUGCUGCUUGGCUCUGGUGCCUCCCUUGGCGGCGCACAGGCCCUUGCUGCCGCCUCCUCCCCAACAGAUGCUGCGUUGUCGUCAUCGUCAUCACCGCGCUCCGAUGCGCGUACAGGCCAGCCAGGCGUUUCCACCGGCGCUGUGGCGGCGAUUGCAGUCGGCUGCGUUGCAGGCACCCUGCUGGCGGUUCUUGCGUUGCUUCGCGUCACAGGGCAUCGUGUUGUGCGGGAGACGGCGAAACCCUCUGCCGAUUCAAAACAUCAGCUGCUGCUGGACAACGCACACAACGACAUCUGAAGCACCACGUCCUGUCACAUGAUGGCGACCCAGCAUCGCGCCCACACACGUUACAGCAUUCUGUUUGUUCACUUGAUUUAGUAGCUGAAGCGCGCAAAACAACCACACCAUCGAGAUUCGCUGCUUGGCACCACUUCCCCGCAACACACACACACACAUGCGUGCACACUCGCUCACACACUGUGUGUUGUCUCUUGCUUUCCCUUCUUGCACUCAUCACUCACUCGUCAUCAACUCCUCCUUGUUCUCCACUUUUCUUUUAUACUUUGCGUGACACACACACACACACACACACACAAUGGCCGUGCCUUGCAAGUUACCGAGUGCCCAAUACACAAACACAUACGCACGCACGCUGCCUCUUCGUCU